AACACACCCUGGAAGAGGAUCCUCAAGUCCCCAGCGGUCUGGGUAGUUUUGAUGGGUCACAUCUCCAAUAAGUGGAUCCUGUCAUUUAUGCUGUCAUAUCUGCCAAGAUACUUCUCAGACUUCUUCGACUUCUCGCUCGAGACGGACGGUCUUCUAUCAUCGUUGCCGUUUGUCGGUCGAAUUAUCUCCGGACUUAUUGCCGGUUACAUGUCCGAUUGGAUGAUCCGGAAAGGGCUAUCGAUCUGCCGGACAAGGAAACUGUUCCAGACAAUUGGCUGUUGGGGCUGUGCUGUCUUCUCGCUGUUUAUCGCCUUGAUCCCCGGCCUGAACAGCAGCGCCUCUAUCGCCCUUCUCGUACUGGCCCUAUCAUUCCAGAACCUCACGUCCGUGGCCUUCAGGAUCAAUCUGCUUGACAUCGCUCCAAGGUACGCUGGUCUACUGAACGGUGUCGUGUCUACAGUUGCCACUCUCAUAUCUCUGCCCGCCCCUGUUGUUACAUCUCUGCUAAUAGCUGGGCUGUGCCUCGUCUUCCAGGGUUCAAGAGAUGGUUGGCUUGUCGUCUUCUGUCUGGUGGCAGGGUUCAACAUUGUCGGCGGUCUCAUCUUCGUUCUCUUCGCACAAGGCGACAUACAAGACUGGGCAACAUCGGACUACUCUGUCAACGUCGUGAAAAGGGAAGUAACUGCAGGUCAAGGGAAACAACCUGACGUCGAAAAUGGAAUCUUCGUUACUGAAACCAGCACUCGUCCCUUGCCUUUGACCUUACCUGUGGUCAACGGAAAACCAUUGCGUGAGGUCAAGUCAGUUCCAGCCAGCUUGAGGCGAGGUAGUAAAAGACUUAAGGCGGUUGCUAGACGAGCGAGUAUGGACGUCGGUUCGUUGAUAAAAAACGUACAGAAUUCUGCGUUUUCAAACUUGGCUUUAGCAGACCUUUGA